GCAGUGUCUGGAAGGCCAAUCCAAGCCUGGAAGCCAGAGAAAUACACCAGGAAUUUUAUCUUUGGUCCUUUGCAGACUCCGGAAAAUCCUCCUCCAGAAACUCAAAAGCAGAACCAGCAGCAGAAGCUGCUGAAGUGUGAGUAGGGAGACCUUGGGACUGUUCAGUACCUAAAACAAUGCCUCAGAUAUUAUCAAGGCUUUGUAGAAGUUUUGCAACUGGCAUUAUUCACCUCAGUUACCAGCUAACACUUUGGGAAAAGUAGGAGUCAGGUCUAGACUCAAGUUUUAUUUUACUUGAGGAUAUCUCUGAGUAGAACGGAGGUGGUCAGGGGCCAGGGUAGGGAAAUGAGACCUUUGUCAGAGGGUACAAACUUCCAGUUAUAAGAUGGAUUUAGUUCUAGGGAUCUAAUGUACAGGGUGGUGACUGUAGUUAACAGUACUGUGUUGCACACUUGAAAGUUAGAGUAGAGUUUAAAUGUUCUCCCCCGACAACAACAUGGUUACUGUGUUAGAUGAAGGAUGUGAUAACUAACCUUAAUAUGAUUUUUGGUAGCCAUGACACAAGGAAAUGGCACUGAAGUGACUGAAUUCUUUCUGCUUGGAUUCAGUGCCCAACACAGGUUUCGGUAUGCCCUCUUCAUUGUAUUUCUGGUCAUCUAUGUUAUCUCUAUGGUGGGCAAUAUCGGAAUGAUUCUGCUCAUCAAGACAGAUUCCAGACUUCGAACACCUAUGUACUUCUUCCUACAACAUUUAGCUUUUGUUGAUAUCUGCUACACCUCUGCUAUCACUCCCAAGAUGAUACAAAACUUUAUAGAAGAAAAUAUAUCAAUAUCAUUCAGGGGCUGUGUUACACAAUUACUGGUUUAUGCGACAUUCGCAACCAUUGAUUGUUACCUUCUGGCAGCUAUGGCCGUGGACCGUUAUGUAGCCAUCUGUAACCCGCUCCAUUAUCCCAUUGUCAUGUCCCAAAGAGCCUGCAUCUACCUGGUAGCUGGUUCAUACAUCGUGGGCUCCAUAAAUGGUUCUGUGCACACAGGUUUUACAUUUGCACUGUCCUUCUGCAAUUCCAACACCAUCAAUCACUUCUUUUGUGAUGUUCCACCAAUUCUCGCCCUUUCAUGCUCCAACACUGACAUCAACAUUAUGCUGCUCUCUGUCUUUGUGGGAUUUAACUUGAUGUUCACUGUGCUGGUCAUCAUCUUGUCCUACACCUAUAUCAUAGCCACCAUCCUAAAGAUGUCUUCUACCACAGGGAGGAAAAAAGCCUUCUCUACAUGUGCCUCCCACCUGACAGCAGUCACCAUUUUCUAUGGAACCCUGUCAUACAUGUACCUACAACCUCAUUCUAAUAAUUCCCAGGAGAACAUGAAAGUAGCUUCUGUCUGUUAUGGUGUUGUGAUUCCCAUGUUGAACCCCCUGAUCUAUAGUUUGAGGAAUAAGGAAGUAAAGGAAGCUCUAAAAGGGAUGGGGAAAAAGUUCUAGAUUGGACCCAAACUGUUCAAAUUCAGCACAUCAAGAUAUCCAGUACAGAUGUUUGAUCACUGUAUAAUGUUUCUGAAAUUGAAAACACAUUCACAUCUUAAAGCAAGGCUACCUCUUUUAAUAGAUGAGUGCUUAGAAAGUGAGAAAUAUAGAAACAUCUCAUGGGGCUAAUUUUCCCUUGAGUGUAGUUUGAGAAGCAUAACUCAUACUACCCAUGAAGAAGGGCUUUAUUGAAAUUAUUUAAAAUAUUAAGAUAUAUGCAUGCACUUUACAAAGCACUUAAAUGUUUUAAAUAUUUUAGCUAUGUUCUUAAAGACAGGAAAACUCCAGUUUUGUAAAUAAUUAAUGUUAAAACUGAAGUUCAUUAUUUUCCAUUCCUUUUAACAAGUUCCCUAAAUUGUUUACAAAGUGGCUCCUCAUAUGUUCUGUUUCAAUUAUUGCAUAAACCCAAAUAUAAAAUAAACUUAUUUGA